AACAGAUGCCGAGAAAUACCGAGCUCCAUACUGUGCUGGAGGGAGUGACGACUUCACCGAUUCUGAAGAUAUGGAUCCCGGAAAACUACCAUUCUACCCUUCUGAUGGAUUCACUGCCGUGUUUGUGAACUCUGGAAUGGAUGAUGUUGAGAAAAUUACCUUCCACGAUGAUAAAAAGCAGGACUGUGUCAUAGAAAAACAAUGUUUUGACGGAUUGUGUGAGGUCACUGUCGCAAUACACCGCCAGAUCAAAGUAUCCCUCACUGAACGUGGUGAGGCGCUUGGGGGCAUCAUUCAACUGAAACUUGAUCAGCGAACAGAAAAGACCGAACCCAACGCCUAUAUUCUGGUUGCUUCCCGUGCAGUGCACGCGCGUGACAGCCGGGUGGUGAAACAACGUGUGGUACUUCUGAAGGGGAACCGAUACAUAUCCGAAGCAGAACUCGUGACUGAUGAGGCCUACCUGUCAAAACGUUGUCAGCAAACGAGAGUGACUAUUAGGCGCAGUCAAAACGAGGUGAUCGUAAAGUUUCUCUCAUGGCCAGAACAUGAAUUGGUAGGUCCAUCGAGCACGCGAAGUGAGACAGCGUUGAAGAUUUUGACGAAACCUUGUAAUAAAUCCAACAAAGGAGCCGAAUAUCGCGGAGCAUCUAUUCCUAGUCCUUUGGAGGUAUAUGCCGACAACCGAGUGAUGAAUUUAAAGGCAAAAAACUGUUUCUUGGUUGAAAAAGAGGGCUUGAAUGGCAUUGACAGUAAAGAACUGGGUAUUUCACGCUUGAAUGUCCUACCACGAAUAACUCAUUGCGCGCCCGCCCCUGUCGAACGCCACCUACGUAGCCCUCCAUACUCCUACGAACACCGCAUUUGUCCGCUGGGUUACAGACUGAAAGUUGACAAGCCAAGCAGACAACUGAUCGCGGAUUUACACGACCCCGUUUGUGUACCGUGCGGUGAGAAUAGCUACACCGAUGAAAAAGAACCUGUUCACGAAUGUAAUGAAUGCCCCUAUGAUCGACCGUCAACCUAUUCUGUAGAACUGGCAACACCUGUGCAGUGCUCCAAUGAUUUGCUCAACAAAAUUCGCGGAAAAUUUCUACGCGGCGAACUCCUGGAGGACGAUCUAAACUCUGGUUUGGGAAAGCAGACGAAGCAAACAAGGGAGACGUGGUGGACUUCUCAUUAUCCGGACGACGAUGUGGACUAUCUUGAACAUCUCUAUCCAAGCGAAGAAUACCUAGACGAGCAACGAAAAGCUGUCAGAUUCGUUAAGUCGUUAACACAGCUGACAUUUUCCGAAAUGGAGCUCUUCCUCAUGCUGGGUAUCUCAUUGGUCAUUGCCGUGAUGGGAAUCGUCUCUGCUCUGCUCAUUCUGGCUGCGCUGACUCCGAAACCACGUUGUCCAGCUCAAGGCUUCUAUGGCCCCUAUCCAAACCGCUGGGAACGCAUCAACCUGAUUGUCUACUGUGCUUUUGUGCAGUGGCUGCUCAGAAUUCGCUGGCUACUGCAAAAAACACUGAGAAGGUUUCACCAGGAUAUUGUCAGUGUUGCUGCCUGGAUUAAACACAGCAGAAUAAGUCUAACGAUUCAAGCUGGCAAAAGAAAGGUAACAAACGAGGUCUUACAAAAACUAGAAGAACUACAUGAACCACCGUUUGGCGAUGAACAAACGGUAACGGCACAACUGUUGUCUAAGAUCACACUCGAUCGGAUUGUCGAGUUUGCAAUUCGAGAUUUGAACAGAAGACGAGAGAUUAGAUGCAAGUUGCAAGCUGAAUAUGAACGAUGGCGAAAGGAAGUUACUGAAGCCGAAGAAGAAGCUCGUGAAGCCGAACUGGCUGCUGUUGAGGCUCAAGAAGAAGUUCAGGAGAUGAGAGAGCAUUUGGCAGAACUGAGCGACGAAGAGCGAAAAGCACAGGCUAUGCCACACUUGAAAGCAGCUCGGCGGCGCUCACGACGGCUGUACCUACGUGCAGCUGACCUCCGCCAGCAGUACAAUAACCGGCUAUCUGAGUUCAUAAGUUUCCGGGAUGCAGAGCUCUUGGAAGACGAGCGGGCGCUAUAUGGCUUAAGUGCAGAGGAUCGAAGGGCGAUUAUCAAUGCAGCGCCGGAACUACGAGCCUACUUGAGACUACCAAGGUAUCACAGCCCAGCCUUCUUCUUCCUGUAUUCCAGCAGGGAGUAUGAGUUGAGACGGCGAGAAACAAAGUAUCCUGCUCCACAGAAAACUAUAAGCUAUUGAGAAUAGUCAAUCGAAUUUUCGGGGAUAGGUCAAAACACUUUUGAAUGUUGUUUUUUCAGAUCAUCUUCGCGUUUCAAUAAGUUAUUUUCAGAAAAC